AUUAUGCUGAAAUAAGAGGAUCAAUAUUAUGCACAACAAGAUCAACAAGAAAACCAAAGGGAAUACGAAAAGACAGCUCUUUCCAUUUGCGAGUUGAAUUACCAACUCACUCAAUAAGAAAACCAAAAUCUCCAGGAAUCCAGACAAUAACAUAAUAGGAUUGAUGUUGACUUCAGAAAAUAUUUGACUUCGUUCAGCAUCAUCAAGAAGAAGGAUAACAACAUCACCUAGAUUCUUAAGUAAUUCAAUCUUCUAUAUCAAGAAUCUUCGAUCGACAAUGUGGUGAUUUCGAUCUCAUCCUCCUCAACGAAGGUCGGGACAAGAAGGAAUACAAGAAAAUGCUCACUAAACUGUAGAGGAUUCAGAAGAAAGCCUGGAAUUUGAACCUAGACAAGAGAGAAGACAUCAAAUAAGUUUGUAAUGCUUAUGAAUUCCCAGACAAAAUUUUAGAUGAAAUUGCUUAAACCAUAAAAAAUUACAAUAGAGAAUGA